AACCAGACGUCAGUUUUCCGCAGCUGUACGGUUUAGAGACUUCGUUGCUAGCCUUUGUUCGCUGGACGUUAAACUACAGACAUAACAGCCAUAAACACAUCAGUAGUUGGUGUUAUUGAGGGGAUAAAUAUAAGCUUUGGUUGGUGUUGAGCUCGGUGAAAACAAAGCAUCGAGUAAGAACUCCAGGUCAACUUCGGCUGCUUUCUCCGCCACCGCUUCCUCCAAACCAACCUCUACUCUUGCAUGUUUGCCUGCCUCCUCUACUUGUAACCAUGGCGACAGUGCUCCUGCUCUGGCCGUGUCGCUGAGCCGCCACCACGGACUACCACCAUGGAGAGAAAGCGCAGAAAGAAAUUAAUCUAGCUGCUCCGGCCAUUUGCAGUAUGGACUCGUGUUUGGAGCUGUGGACCUGAUCCUAUAACAGCCGUUAGCUGCUGACACGCUUUCCACUACUUUACAACUCAAGAUGCUCCUGUUUUCUGUGUUGGCGUCCACGCUUUUGGGGCUGCUUGCAGGAUUCUUGCCUGCAGUGGGGACGGAGCCAGAACAAGGGGCCAAACCCGAUUCCAAUCACACCCCCAAUGUGGAGCCCCUCCUCUCGUCACCUGGGUCCAACUGCUCCCACUUGACCCUUAAACUGGAGUUCUCUUCUGAAGUAGUGGAACACGAGUACAUCGUGGGAUUUACAGGGUAUUUCUCCGCCAAAGCCCGCAGCCUGUACAUCAGCAGCGCCUUGCGGACCGCUGCUGAUGGCGGUCUAGAGUGGCACAUCGUUCCCAGAGAAAACCCAGCCUCCGACUUCCCCAGUGACUUUGAGCUGGUCCACAUCCGUCAAGCUUCCCCCAGCAGCCUGCUGACCUUAGAGGACCACCCUUACAUCAAGAGGGUGACGCCGCAACGCAAAGUGUUCCGCACACUAAAAUACAUUCCCUCACCCGAACCUGCUGCUCCCUGCAAUGCCACACCUGGGAACCAGAAAUGGCAGUCAUGGCAAUCGUCCCGGCCUUUCAGACGAACCAGCCUGUCACUGGGCUCUGGUUUCUGGCACGCCACCGGUCGCCACUCCAGCCGGCGACUGUUGCGUGCAAUUCCCCGCCAUGUCGCCCAGAUCCUGCAGGCAGAUGUGCUCUGGCAGAUGGGACACACCGGUUCCGGUGUGAAGGUGGCAGUGUUCGACACAGGCCUGAGCGAGAAGCACCCACACUUCAAGAAUGUGAAGGAAAGGACCAACUGGACGAAUGAAAAGACACUGGAUGAUGGCCUGGGCCACGGUACAUUUGUAGCAGGAGUUAUAGCGAGUAUGAGGGAGUGUCAGGGCUUUGCACCUGAUUCAGAGCUGCACAUCUUCAGAGUGUUCACCAACAACCAGGUUUCAUACACCUCAUGGUUCCUGGAUGCUUUCAACUACGCCAUCCUAAAAAAGAUCGAUGUUCUCAAUCUCAGCAUCGGGGGACCUGACUUCAUGGACCAUCCCUUCGUCGAUAAGGUGUGGGAGCUGACUGCCAACAAAGUCAUCAUGGUUUCUGCUAUCGGCAAUGAUGGACCUCUUUAUGGCACCCUGAACAAUCCAGCUGAUCAGAUGGACGUGAUCGGAGUUGGGGGGAUCGACUUUGAGGACAACAUCGCCAGAUUUUCCUCUAGAGGCAUGACCACUUGGGAGCUGCCGGGGGGUUACGGCAGAGUAAAGCCUGAUAUUGUCACCUACGGUUCUGGGGUUCGCGGUUCGGGGAUGAAGGAGGGAUGUCGCUCUCUGUCUGGCACCAGCGUGGCCUCUCCUGUGGUGGCAGGUGCUGUCACGCUCCUGGCCAGCACCGUCCUGAACCGGGAGCUGGUGAACCCCGCCUCCAUGAAGCAGGCUCUCAUCGCCUCAGCCCGCAGGCUGCCCGGGGUAAACAUGUUCGAGCAGGGCCACGGGAAGCUAGAUCUAAUUAGAGCCUACCAGAUCCUCAACAGCUACAGACCUCAGGCCAGUCUGUCUCCCAGCUACAUCGACCUCACAGAGUCUCCAUACAUGUGGCCUUAUUGCUCUCAGCCCAUCUAUUACGGAGGAAUGCCGACCAUCGUUAAUGUCACCAUCCUGAACGGCAUGGGAGUCACCGGCAGGAUUGUUGACAAGCCCAUCUGGCAGCCUUACCUCCCUCAGAACGGCGACUACAUUGAUGUCGCCAUCUCAUACUCACCUGUGCUGUGGCCUUGGGCCGGUUACCUGGCUGUGGCCAUCUCUGUGGCCAAGAAAGCUGCAUCAUGGGAGGGGAUUGCUCAGGGUCAUGUGAUGGUCACGGUGGCAUCACCUGCAGAGAACGACUCGGAGGUGGGAGGAGAGCUGACAUCCACAGUCAAACUGCCUAUCAAGGUAAAGAUUGUUCCCACUCCACCUCGCAGUAAGAGGGUGCUGUGGGACCAGUACCACAACCUGCGCUACCCGCCGGGCUACUUUCCCCGAGACAAUCUCCGCAUGAAGAACGACCCACUAGACUGGAACGGGGACCACAUCCAUACUAACUUCAGGGACAUGUACCAGCACUUGAGGAGUAUGGGGUACUUUGUUGAGGUGCUGGGAGCCCCCAUCACAUGCUUUGAUGCCAGCCAGUACGGAACGCUGCUGAUGGUGGAUAGUGAGGAGGAGUAUUUUCCUGAGGAGAUCACAAAGCUGAGAAGAGACAUCGACAACGGGCUGUCGCUCAUCAUCUUCAGCGACUGGUACAACACUUCUGUGAUGAGGAAGGUCAAGUUCUAUGACGAAAACACAAGGCAGUGGUGGAUGCCGGACACAGGGGGCGCUAACAUCCCAGCUCUGAACGACCUGAUCUCAGUGUGGGGGAUGGCUUUCAGUGACGGGUUGUAUGAGGGAGACUUCACCCUGGCUGAUCAUGACAUGUAUUACGCCUCAGGCUGCAGUAUCGCACGUUUCCCAGAGGAUGGAAUAGUGAUUGCAAAGAACCUGAAGGACCAAGGUCUAGAGGUCUUAAAACAGGAGACUGCUGUGGUGGAGGAGAUUCCCAUCCUCGGUCUGUACCAAACGCCAUCAGACGGGGGAGGUCGGAUCGCUCUGUAUGGAGAUUCCAACUGUAUAGAUGACAGUCACAGACAGAAAGACUGUUUCUGGCUUCUGGACGCUCUUCUGCAGUAUACGUCCUACAGUAUGACCCCUCCCAGCCUCAGCCACUCCCACAGCAGAGUGGCACCUCCCACAGGUGCAGAGCGCCCACUGCCACAGAGGCUGGAAGGCAACCAUCUCUACCGCUACUCUAAGGUCUUGGAGACUCACCUGGGAGACCCUAAGCCCCGCCCCCUACCUGCCUGCCCCCACCUGUCUUGGGCAAAGCCACAGCCGCUCAAUGAGACGGCCCCCAGUAGCCUGUGGAAACACCAGAAGCUUCUUUCUGUGGAUCUGGACAAAGUGGUUCUGCCUAACAUGAAGUCGAACCGUCCCCAGGUCAGACCUCUGUCCCCCGGGGAGAGCGGGGCCUGGGACAUCCCUGGAGGGAUAAUGCCUGGUCGCUACAACCAAGAAGUGGGUCAGACCAUCCCCGUUUUCGCCUUCCUGGGAGCCAUGGUAGUCCUGUCUUUCUUCGUGGUUCAGCUCACCAAGGCCAAGAGCAAACCGAAACGCAGAAAACCCCGCAUCAAACGGCCCACCUACCUCCAGCAGCAGCAGACAACGACUGGGAAAAACCCCACCGUGUGACUGUCUGACCUGCUGCCGGACCACUGCUUCAUCGAGGCAGACAUGGGACUGCUUUUAAACCUGCUGGACGUCCACAGACUCUGGGCAUCUCCCGGAAACAUUUUUCGUGCCUCUUGUGUCUGUUCAAGGCUGCCGUCAGUGUUUGUGUGUGUUUGUGGACCAACAAACAGUAUUAAACAAACCCAUAACAUAAAACACACACCUGGUCUGGAGAAUGCCUGUAGGAGUCCAUGCAGACGUUUCCCUUCCUUUUCUCUGACCAAACAAUUUCUUUAUGAACGAAAUGUCUUACUUUUAUAUUUAUUAUUGAAUUUGUUCGUACCCUAAGACUCUAGAAAUACAUGAAAGCCGUCGCAGAGAGAGAAAUCAGGAUCAAAAUGUUGGCUGAAACAUACAUGAUCAUGCAGGUAUCUGCUGCAUGUAGUCUGAGGUUUUCUAAAUCAUACCCUUAUGUGUCAAAAUCAGUCUUUUCAUUGUUUUUAUAUUUUAUAUAAUGAAUGAACUUUUUUCAGGCCUGCUGUUAAAAUUCUCAUGGUCAGCAAAGAAGCAUUGGCAGACUUGUUCAGAUAUAUCUCAUCAAUUAAAAAAGCAUAAUCAAA